AUGAGUACCACAAUGAAAGCACUUCGACUUAUCCGCGAUGAUCCAGCAGCAGCACCCAAGUUGGUUCUCCAGGAUGUCCCAAAGCCUACAUUGAUACCAAACCACCUCAUCAUCAAAGUCCACGCUUCGGCAAUUCAUCCAAGCGACCUUCUGAAUUCCAAAGGUGGUUUUCCAUAUACCACAUUUCCCCGAACUCCAGGUCGUGAUUUUUCGGGAAUUGUAGUGGAAGGCCCAUCUGAUCGAAUCGGGCAAGAAGUCUACGGUACCAGUGGGAACACAAUCGCCUUCACCCAGGACGGUUUCCAAGCCGAAUAUUGUCUCGUUCCCGAAAAUUCUGUUGCGCCGAAGCCCGCUAGACUCUCAUUUACUCAGGCAGCUUGUGUUGGCGUUCCGUUUACGACUGCAAGCCUUGUACUUUCGCGGGCACAUGCCAAGAAAGGCGAGACGGUAUUGGUGACAGGCGCAAAUGGUGCUGUUGGCUCGGCAAUAGUUCAAUUGGCGAAGUGUAUGGGUUGUCGAGUGAUAUCUGCUACUAGAAGCGAUAAUGAUGACGUCAACACUGCGACUGAUCCAGAACUCAAUGCCGUUGAUGAUUUGACGGAUGGAAAAGGUGUGGAUAUUGUGGCGGAUACUGUAGGUCAGCCUGCUUUGGUACAGGCUGCUGUCAAUAAGCUUGCGAGAGGAGGUAGAUUAGCGUUUAUUGCAUCACCUAGGGGUGGCGCUGAUACGGGACUGACAUUAGAUAUGUUGAGUUUUUAUCGAGGGGAAAAGUCAUUGGUAGGGUGCAAUACAUUGGCAUAUGGUGUCGAGGAUCUUGCGGUUCAAUUGAAGGAACUGACUAGUAAAUUCGAAGAAGGGUCGUUGAAAGGAGCAGAAGAAGGAUCAUGGACAGAGAUUGGGAUUGAAAAUGGUGUUGAAGCGUAUGAAAAGGCAUCGCAAAGAAAGGGCGGGAAAUUUGUGAUUGUGAUGAAUUGA